CGGCACGCACCGUCCCACACUAGGUGGCGCCUGGUUCCCCUGCCCGACGCUGAGAGCUCAGAGCGCCUUGAGGCCCGCCCCCCUCGCCUCCUCUGGAAGGAACUAGCACCUCUUCUCCGCCCUCCCCCGGGUUGCCAACGAGGCAGGCUGUGAUACUCAUGCGCAAACACGUCCACCACGCACCUAGGUACAGCGCAUGCGUCCUCUCAAACCCGUCUCUCCGCAGCUUCUCCCUUCGAAUUUCCAGUUCCGGCCUCCCAAGGGCGGAGACAAGCUAGGAAUUAUGCGGCUGUCGGUCGCAGCCGCCAUCUCCCAUGGCCGCGUAUUCCGCCGACUGGGCCUUGGUCCCGAGUCCCGCAUCCACCUGUUGCGGAACUUGCUUACGGGACUUGUGCGACACGAACGCAUCGAGGCGCCAUGGGCGCGCGUGGACGAGAUGAGGGGCUACGCCGAGAAGGUGAGGGGCUACGCCGAGAAGCUCAUCGACUAUGGGAAGCUGGGAGAUACCAACGAACAAGCCAUGCGCAUGGCUGACUUCUGGCUCACGGAGAAAGACUUGAUCCCCAAGCUGUUUCAAGUACUGGCCCCUCGGUACCAAGGUCAGAAUGGGGGCUACACGAGAAUGCUGCAGAUCCCAAAUCGGAGUAAGCAGGAUCGGGCCAAGAUGGCAGUGAUCGAGUAUAAAGGGAACUGCCUCCCACCCCUGCCCCUGCCUCGCAGAGACAGCAACCUUACACUUCUAAACCAGCUGCUUCAGGGCUUGCGGCAGGACCAGAAAGCAAGCAUCCACAGCUCCCACACAGCUCAAACACCAGGGAUUUAACUGGAGCCAAAGGGUGUAUAGCACCCUCAUCAGUGCCCAUGCUCACAGUAAUCUCUAAGAAACACUGGAGCUAGAGUCAUUAACGGACAGUCUUCAUGGAAAAGUUUCUGGGGAACCAGAUAAAUCAUCUCUUUGCACAGUAGAUAAAAUUCAUUAUAUGAAUGUA